AUGUCCAUCGACGCUGGCCUCUGCGACCGUUAUGUGGUCUUCCUCGACAUCGACGGCGUUCUCCUGCCGGUCCCGAAGUUCACCUUCGGCGGUGGCAACCUUAGCGGCAGGUGUGCGCAGACUCUCAAGCGGCUGAUCGCCGCCCUCGGGGGACGCGAUAAGGUGACGCUUGUGCUGUCCUCCACCUGGCGCAACCACCCUGUCAUGGUGGACCGACUGAACACGUUCAUGCAGAAAGAGGCCGGCGACGGCAUCCCUGUCGUGUCAGAGAGAACGCCAAACGGGACGGUGCUAAUGAGCUCGGUGACGUACUACGCCGAUGACCCGUCGGAGCAGCGCCUCGUUCGAGAUCGAGUGGACGAGGUGUACCGCUGGCUGCACACGCACAUCACGGAUCACCCAGAGGCGAUCGGCGGGCGAUGGUUCGCGAUUGAUGACAUGCAGCUAGACGUGGACGAGCGCAUGCGUGGGCACUUUCUGCACACGCAGACGGACGUCGGCAUAACAGAGGCGGACGUGGACACGGCGUGCGCGAUGAUUGCGUCCCACCCAAGCCCGACGGAAGCCUACGCCGCGGCGGUUGCCGCCCUCGCUGAUCCGGCGCUGAAGGCGGAAGAGGUCGAGAUUCAAAGGGUUCUGCAGUCUCGCCUGGAGGCGCAGCUCGCCGCUACCACUGCGGAGCUCACAGAGGCGCAGGAAAAGAUGGCGGCCCUCUCUGCUGAAAAGAAGGACCUCAUCAAGGAGCUGGCAGAGAAGCAGCGGUCUAUAGACGACAUGCGCUACCGACUGGCCGUGUACGACUUUUCCAAGCGCUACCCCUGCCUGGCCACCGCUGUGGAGCUGGCUGGCACCAAGUCGGGUGCCGAGAGACGCGCCAUGGAUGCCGCCAUCCGCACCUUCGUAACGCUUCUCAUGGACCGCAAAGAGCUGCAGAAGAAGAUGCGCAGCGAGGCCAAGAAGGUGAAGCAGGCCUCAUGA